AUGGCGGAUAAACAGCUUAGCGUCAUCUUGCAUCGCAUCUUAAGAGUAAAAUUUGACUUAAAUCGAAACAGGAAGAGCCAUCUCUGGUUCAGCAAGGAAAUUGAUCAAAAUCUUGGCGAAAGACGGGAAAAAAUACGGAAGGAGAAAUGGUUGUUUGCAGCGAUGGCGCACGUGGCUUGUCAGAACUUCCGUAAAAGAAGCCUAUGGGUGAGACCGAGUAAUCAGGCGUGGUUUGACAUGGCAGACAUGGAGUUUGAUGAGCAACAGUGGUAUGAAAAUUUUCGAGUUACCAGAGAUACAUUUCAAUUCAUUUUAAACGAGAUUGAGCGUGACAUAACGCGAUGA